AUGUUUGCAACGGCUAUUGUUGCCGUCCUGCUUGCAGCGGCUAGCUCUGCGUUCCCGCACGCCGCUCGUGAAGCAUCGAAGGAUGACGCGAAUGUCAGCGUUCAGCUUAGCGCUGUUGGAAACACUAUGGUAAAAGCUGUUGUGACCAACAGAGGCGACGAGGCAAUAUCUGUUUUGAGGCUGAAUAGUGUACUCGACUCUUUCCCAUGUCGCAGGGUUGAUGUGUAUAAAGAAGGGAAGAAGAUGGAAUUUGAGGGACUCCUUGCUCAUCAUGAUAUGCAAAACUUACCCGAUGACGUCUUCGCCACUUUGAAUCCAGGUGACUUCGCAGAAAAUACCUUUGACAUCGCUGAGACGGUGGAUCUAUCAGCGGGUGGCCCUGUCACAGUCUUAUCUGAGGGAGUCUUUUUACUAGCUCGCUCUGACAGUACAAGCAUUUCGGGGAUGGUUCAAUAUCGCUCUAAUGAACUCAAGAUAGACGUAGAUGGUGUGCUUGCUGCUAAAGUUGAGAGUGCCGGGGGUUUGCGAAGACGGAACCUAGACAAACGAACUUCAUUCUACUUGGAUACUUGCACCCCAGCGGCGAUGAAAAAUCUUACAGCUCUGUUAAGAAGUACAACUGAUUAUGCUGAUGCUGGUGCUCGAGCAGCGACCAAUGGUUCCCUGGCCACUUUCGAAACAUUUUUCAAGAAGACUGAUCUGCGAACCCGUCGACCUGUUGCCAGCCGAUUCCGAGCUAUCUCCAACGAAACCAGCAUCAUAGAUGGGGGUAUUGUCCGACUCACAUGCUCAGAUGACUUCUGCAAAGGCACAAUCAACGCAAUCGCCGACUCAUGGAUUAGCUUUAUCACAAUCUGCCCUCGCUUCUUUUGGGCCUACCCUCCUACUUCUCCGGAAUGCCAUGCCACCGAUCAGACAUCCAUUCUUCUCCAUGAAAUGACCCACAUGCGCCACGUUUACUCCCCAGGAACUAACGACUUUGCCUAUGGAUACGACAAUGUCACCAAACUCCCUGCCGAUCAGGCGAUCAAUAAUGCUGACACUUUUGCUAUCUACGCUGCCGAUUCCUACCGUGGAUGUUGA